GAAGAACGCCAAAUGGAGGUAUGUAAAUUUAUGCCAUAAACACGACUUUCCGGCGUCUAGACCAUUCAGUAUUAAACCGAGUUUUGUUCCGCAUCGCUGCCUUGAAGAACGUUACUCGUAGCGCUACCGACCUGUUUGUGUACUGACUGAGCCAUUGCAAGGUCAUUUGAUCUCGAAUUCUAUGGCAGAUUUUCGCCUCGUUAAUCCCGAAGGUUGGGAAUACGAUCUUCAGUCUGUGUACUCUGCUUACAUAGGUUACUUCCAGUUGCACAAUAUCCCGUGGUACGACCGGACAUGGGGACAAUUCUUCGAGACGUUUGAGCAGUUUCUGGGAUUUUCAUGGCCUGUCAUUACUGUUACAGACUCAUCGACUGGCCGUGCACACAUUGUCACCCGACUGACGACCGUCGGCGCGUUCAUCAAGAUGAUUAAGACUCGUUUUGGCGAAACACUUCCGACACCUGACAACAUGCUCAAAGUCACGCACUUUGAGACGUCCCAACGACAUCUACGGAACGUUGCAGACUGGGCGACGUACAAGAAAUUAUACACCACACUACCAGCAGUAGCGCUUGCAACGUUUAAGGCUCGGAUACGCGCUGGCGAGCCGAAAGCUAUCCGAGAAUUAUGGGACAAGCACGACAAGACAUUUUUAGCCAUUGACUUUGAGUGGAGCGAAAGGAAUCCGGCGACGUUUCUAGAAUGGGGGUAUGCGGCUGUUCGGUGUGGGCAUCUCGAGGCGGUUGGCGCGUGGCCUCCGGUACCCGAGUCGAAUUAUCGGAAGGGCCAUUAUAUCAUUGGUGACUACGUGGACAAGAUCAUCAACAAGCAUUGUCCUACGUACCCUUGGCAGUAUGCUUGGGGCGACAGUCAAGUCAUACCAAGGACGAAGUUACCUCAGAUCGUACAGUCUGUGAUAAGCAGUCUAGUAAGCCCUGACGCAGAAACCACUGCCAAUAGCUUAGUCCUCGUAGGCCAUGGCGUCAGCUCUGACAUCCAGCGUCUUGAAGAGACCAAAAUCAAGAUCCCACACAACGUCCUCAUAAUCGAUACUGCCUCUCUCGAACGCGCGCUCUUUAAUGCUGGCGAACGAGGAACGAUGUACGACCCCAAAACAGGCAAACUCCGCGCUCAAGGUUCUACGCUCUCCCUCGGCGGGCUUUUACACUCCCUAGGGAUCGACCCCCCAUGCGCACUGCAUAAUGCAGGCAACGACGCGUUUUUGUGUUUGCUUGCGCUGCAGAAGAUGAUGGAGCCCAGUACGCCUAUGCCUGAUCCUGAUGCAAGGAAGAAGUCGAAGUCGGCGGGGUUGGUUAUGGCGGCGCCGCUGCCAGUGGUGUUUAUGGGGCAUCUGACGGUGGACGAUAGGGGUUAUUGGAAGUCGCCUGGUGGGUCGGGAUCCCCUAGGGUAAGGGAGCGUGGGGUGGUGGAUGGUGGGAUGGAUGAGAUGGGGAUGAUGCAUAGGGUUUCGAAGUAUGGGAGUGCAUCUCCGCCUGAGACGGGUGGGAGCUGGAAGGAUGACAAGGACAGAGACAGGGAGAAGGAGGGGUGGGUCAAGUCUGCUAAGGGGAUGAGGUCGGUGAUGAAGUGAUACUAGUUGGUUGGUGUUGGUUGGACAGUUGAGCUUGAUACCCGAUAGUUUAUCUCCUAAUUUCUUUUUGAGUAUGAUGUUCCCUUUGUUUCGUUUUGUUCCUCAUGGGACUUUUUUGCUACUCAUCUGCAUACCUUACAUGCACGUAAAGUAAAACAGUAAUUCUUGUCUCGGACUUGUAUGAGACUCUAUUGUAUGUAUGUACUCAUGACACGUCCUAUAAGUGAAUGCUCGGUGGUACCGUU